GAGCUGUUGCAGUCCGCGGUCUUAGGUUGCUGGCCCCUGAAGAAACGCUAUCCCCGCCGAGGCUUUUGGAGCCUGAGUUCGAGCUUUCGUCUGCCCCGACUGCGUGGAGGUGCGCACCGACGCCUGGCCUGAGGAGUCCGCCAGCUCCUGCCUACGCGCUGCAGCUAGGCCGCGCCCUGACGCCCAGUACGCGGCGGCCCCUGCGGGUGAUGCCAAACACAGCCAUGAAGAAAAAGGUCCUGCUGAUGGGGAAGAGUGGGUCGGGGAAGACCAGUAUGCGGUCCAUCAUCUUUGCAAAUUAUAUUGCUCGCGACACCCGGCGCCUGGGAGCCACCAUCGACGUGGAGCACUCCCACGUCCGAUUUCUGGGGAACCUGGUGCUGAACCUGUGGGACUGUGGUGGGCAGGACACCUUCAUGGAAAAUUACUUCACGAGCCAGCGCGACAACAUCUUCCGGAAUGUGGAGGUUCUGAUUUACGUGUUCGAUGUGGAGAGCCGCGAGUUGGAAAAGGACAUGCAUUACUAUCAGUCGUGUCUGGAGGCCAUCCUCCAAAACUCCCCUGACGCCAAAAUCUUCUGCCUGGUGCACAAAAUGGAUCUGGUUCAGGAAGAUCAGCGUGACCUGAUUUUUAAGGAGCGAGAGGAAGACCUGAGGCGCUUGUCUCGCCCGCUGGAGUGCGCUUGUUUCCGAACCUCCAUCUGGGAUGAGACGUUGUACAAAGCGUGGUCCAGUAUCGUCUAUCAGCUGAUCCCCAACGUGCAGCAGCUGGAGAUGAAUUUAAGGAAUUUUGCCCAGAUUAUCGAGGCCGAUGAAGUUCUGCUUUUCGAGAGAGCUACGUUCUUGGUUAUUUCCCAUUAUCAGUGCAAGGAGCAGCGUGACGUCCACCGCUUCGAGAAGAUCAGCAACAUCAUUAAGCAGUUCAAGCUGAGCUGCAGUAAAUUGGCCGCUUCUUUCCAAAGCAUGGAAGUCAGGAAUUCUAACUUCGCUGCGUUCAUUGACAUCUUCACGUCAAACACUUACGUGAUGGUGGUGAUGUCGGAUCCUUCGAUCCCUUCGGCGGCUACUCUGAUCAACAUUCGCAAUGCCAGGAAACACUUUGAGAAGCUCGAGAGAGUGGAUGGCCCCAAGCACAGCCUCCUUAUGCGCUGAGUAUCACCAAAUACUGUUGCUGAAGAUGCUGAAUUGCUUUUUUUGUUGUUGCACCUUCUCUUUAAUGUUAUCAUGUUGUGUGCUUAAAAGUGGGCUUUGAAAUGUGUGCUGUGUACUACUUCCACCCCUUUCUCCCUCCCCAUCAUCUCAGCAUUGGGCGCUGUGGUCUCAGCUGUCCAGUAGAGCGUCAAAAUAACCUUAAUGCACAGUUGGUUUGCUGUAACACUAACGUGGUUUGUGUGUGGGUUCUAAUGGAAAUGCACAUCAGAGCCUUUACCAGUAUCUUUCUGGAUUCCUUAUUAGAUUGCAAAGAGGGAAUGUUCACUAUUUUAUCAGCGAGGAAUUAAAAUGCA